GUUUUGCAGUUUUGGAUUUCAAUCUUUUCAUCAUUGGUGUUUGUCAUGUUGUCGUUAGUUGGUACUUUUGUUUUGCUUUUGUCAUUGGUGUCGUCUAUUUUGGUAUAUCAUUUGUCGCUGGUGUUGUUGGUUUUGCGGUUUUGGAUUUCGAUCCUUCUGUUGUUGGUGUUUGUCAUGUUGUCAUUAGUUGGUACUUUUGUCUUGCUUUUGUUGUUG